AGGUAGGUUUUCUAUUUACGUUUUCUGAAUAAAUGUACUUCUAAACAAAUUUGUUUUUGUUGUGUUAAAGUUGUGUAGAACUGGUGUAAAAGAAUAUUGGUUUUUUAAACAGUGUUUGGUGAGGGACAAUUAUAAAGAAAAUGGCUGAGAAAGAAAAAUCUAAGGCUCCCCAAUCAAAAAAUAUUCCGAAAGACGGUCAAGUGAUAAUGUCGAUAAUGAAAGAGAUGGGCAUAACAGAGUACGAACCUAAAACUAUCGUACAACUUACCGAAUUCGUAUACAAAUAUGCCACUUCAAUACUGGAGGAAGCACGGAUCUAUGCUAAUCACACAAAGAAAAAACUUGAAGUAGAUGAUGUCAGGCUGGCAUUGCAAUUGACCAGCGAAUCAACAUUUACUACUCCACCACCAAGAGAAGUUAUUUUGGAAUGUGCCCAUGUGAAAAAUUACACACCUCUUCCCAGUAUAAAACCUCAUUGUGGUUUAAGAUUACCACCUGACCGUUAUUGUCUAUCCUCAUGUAACUACACAUUAAAGAAUGUUCAAAAGAAAAAGCCCUUAGGGAUUCCAACUACCAUGAAACUGACUGCCAAACCUAAUAUUAACUACAUAAAGCGUGCUGGUGUCAUCAAUGUCAAUAAACAAACAGUCACAAUACCAAAAGUAGUGCCCAAAAUUACUACCACAAUUCAACAACAGCCAAAAACAGUUUUAAAACACAAGAUCCAGAUACAGCAAAAUAUUGGUUUAACAAGUGCCAAUGGUGGGCAACUUAUGGAAGUUGAUAACAAUUUAAAGAGAAAACGAGAUGAUGAUAUGGAAUUGAUGCAGUGAUUAUUAUUGUCAUUUGGUGUUGAAUAUAUUUUAAUUUUGUUAAACAAUUUUUUUUAUUAUUAAAAUUACACAAAUAUAAACUAUGAGAUGUA